AACAGCGGCUGUGUUCCACCCCAGAGGUGGAAGAGUGAUUCUUGCUGGGCCCGGGGGGACAGUGCUUUGGGAUGGGAGUCCGAAAGGGGCUGUAAGGUACGGUGUGAGAUUCCAGCUGGGGGCACAGACCGCCUGUUGGCAACUGGGAAUAGCAGCAGAAGGCUUCAGGGAAACAUACCAGAGAGGUUGAGGAAGGGGGGUGUGUCUCUGUUCACAGAUCGCUUCACGCCAGCAGGCUGUUGUUGGGAAGGCUGGCCGGAGCUGUGGUCUCUGCAGCUGGCCGGCGUGGCUGCAGGAGGGUGUCGGAGCAAGGCCCGCCUGCCCGGACGGCUGCCAGCAUGCCUCCGAAGAGGAGGAGCGGGCAGGCCCGGGGGGGGGAGAGCCCCGCCGCCCCGUGGCCGACUGACAGGCAAACGAAAGGGCCCGGUGGAGCCCAGCGGGGCGGCGGCAGUGGCUGUGGAGAAGAGGAGGAAGGAGGGGGAGGUGACGGAGGCAGGAGGAGCUGGGUGCCUGGGGGAGGCCGUGAGGCAGGCGCGGCUGCGGGCUGCCCCCUCGGUGCAGGAGUUCAAGUACAACAAGAAGCGGGUGCGCCUGGUCUCGCAGGGCCCCGACCUCAAGGAGGACGCCCAGGGCAUCGUCUACUGGAUGUCUCGAGACCAGAGGGUGCAAGAUAACUGGGCUUUCCUGUAUGCCCAGCGCCUGGCCCUGAAGCAGAAGCUCCCGCUGCACGUCUGCUUCUGCCUGGUGCCUCACUUCGGCUUCAUGCUGAAAGGCCUGCAGGAGGUGGCCGAGGAGUGCAAGGAGCUGGCCAUCCCCUUCCACCUGCUCGUCGGCUUCGCCAAGGACGUGCUGCCUCCCUUCGUGACCGGCCGUGGCCUCGGCGGGGGGGCCCCCCUCCGGGUCCCCGCACAGUGGGUGGAAGACGUCCGAGAGAGGCUCCCGGGAGAUGUGCCGUUUGUGCAGGUCGACGCGCACAACAUUGUCCCAUGCUGGGUGGCCUCCGACAAGCAGGAGUACGGAGCCAGGACAAUUCGGCGCAAGAUCCACGACCGGCUCUCGGAGUUCCUCACGGAAUUCCCUCCCGUCAUCAAGCACCCGUACCCGCCCACGGCCCCAGCAGAGCCCAUAGACUGGAGCGCCUGCCGGGCCGGCCUGCAGGUGGACCACACGGUGAAGGAGGUGACUUGGGCAACGCCAGGCACGGCCGCGGGGCUGGCCAUGCUGGAGUCCUUCAUCGGCGAGCGGCUGAAAUUCUUCGGCACCGACCGGAACAACCCGAACAGGGCAGCCCUCAGCAACCUCUCGCCGUGGUUCCACUUUGGCCAGGUCUCCGUCCAGCGGGCCAUCCUGGAGGUGCGGAAACACCGCGGCCAGUGCAAGGAGUCGGUGGAGGGCUUCGUCGAGGAGGCCGUGGUGCGGCGGGACGCUGCUGAGAGCAGAUGUGCCCUGGCCCGGCAGGAGCUGCAGACAGGAGCUGGGUUCUCCCUAUGGAGGCAGCCAGAAAGCACCUUGUCCCGUGGGAAACCCAGGCCAGGUCCAGGCAGGCCCCAUCCACGUGGCUCUGGCUUUUCCUCUCCUCCCCCCGAGCUGCCUGGGCUCCCUGGGGCAGGCUGUGGUUCUCCAGGGUGCCCACGCUGGGCUCUCCCCCGGCUGCAGCUGCAGAUGGUGCACGAGGGGAAGAUGCACGGCUUCCUGCGCAUGUACUGGGCCAAGAAAAUCCUGGAGUGGACCCGCUCCCCCGAGGAGGCCCUGAAGUUCGCCAUCUACCUCAACGAUCGCUACGAGCUGGACGGCAGGGACCCCAGCGGCUACGUGGGCUGCAUGUGGUCCAUCUGCGGGCUCCACGACCAGGGCUGGGCCGAGCGGGCCGUGUUCGGGAAGAUCCGCUACAUGAACUACGCCGGCUGCAAGCGGAAAUUCGACGUGGGCGAGUUCGAGCGCAGAUACCACCCCCGCAAACUGGGCCAGUAGCCGGGGGGCUCCUGCUGGGCUGGAGAACACUUGCCAUU